GCUGUUAUCAUAGACGAUACAGGAAUAUUGAUAAAAACCUAUAUAUUAGCAUUAACAGUUAUCAAUUAGCAUUGACAUAGAAGGCAGCGCAGCAAGGCAAAGCACAAAGGACUGUUGAAUCCGCCGGUAAAAUGAAGUUUUUCUUGGCACUUGCGUUUCUGACCAUGGUAUGCGCAAUACCGCGUCCAGGACGAAUUUCGACAACCAGCGAAACGCUUGAACCAUCGGCGUCAAUCCAAGGUUCUGGACAAGGAUAUAGUCCAGUUGAAGAUGCUAAAGGUGAACUAUUACUAUCAGAACUCGAAAGUUCAGAUGAAUCAGAUUACAUCGCGGAAUAUAAUGAUGAAGAGGAUAUUAGUGAAAGUAUCAGUCUUGAAGAUUUAAUUAUUGCUCUCCACCGUAUAAGAAAUGCAAUCCAGAAGAAAAUUCAUAGCAAACUAAGCCAUUAUAAAGAUUCAGGAGAUGGCAUUUAUGUAACAUCCGAAAGAGUCCCAGUUGAUGAAGACAGUGCAAAUGAGACUGCCGCUGAAUCACCACAACAAGGCAACAGAAAAAAACGUGAACUACCAGGCUAUGCUGACUAUCCUCAAAACAAUAGUGCCCUUUCUAAUAACACUAAGGGCAACGACACUGCAUCUGAUUACAAUCCUAAAAUUAAUAUUACCCAAAUCAAAAAAGAAAUCCAUGACAAAAUCAAUGAUAUUAUUGAAAAUGUGUUUCGUCCAUGGCUGGGCAAUAAAACUUUAAAUCCUUUGCAACAAGAUAACAAAACUGUUGUUGAUACUGGCAGUAUUUCAAACAGAUCGCGUUUAUCUGCAGGCAAUAGCAGCAAACCUGAAGAUAGAAACACAGCCAUUGAUGCUCCUCAACCAGGGAACCAUCCUGAAUUAGAACCACCAAAUGAAACUGAAGGUAGUGAUACUUUUAAUGAUCUAGUUGAAGUUAAUAGUAACCGUAACAAUGGUAAUAAAAAAGUUAUUGAUGUUGAAAUAAGCAAUAUUGUACCAAGGGUACAUUCACAGCUCAGUGUAGGCAGUGAAGUGCCACACAAUGUUCAAACAAGUGACGAGAGCCAAGUGAGGUUUGUGAAUCCAAUUGGGUUGAUCACCAGAGAAGGUGUGCAACAACCCAGUUCUAGCUUCAGAAACUUCCCAUACCAUAUUGCCCACUAUCAUUAAACAACAUGAGUACUAUUACAGGAACUUUUCAGUUUAUAGAUUUAUAAUAAUUUAUAAUUUAUUAAUUCCAAAUGUAAAUUGAGAUAUUUUGUUAAAAUUAUUUAAAAUUGUCAUGUUUUCUAAUAAAAUGUUAUCAACUUUUUUAAAUGAA